AUGACCCUGCCUUCUUCAGACGAAGUUGAGGAUGAUCCCGAGAUAAAACUCACCCUGACUGAGAGUGACUUGCCCCUAGAGGGCGGGAAAUUACCCGGUCAGGCCCUGGUGGUCGAAUUGGCAUGCUGUGGCCACGACAAAACUCGUUUUAUGGAUCACGAUGGAUUCUGUGGUUCCGUGAAGUAUUUAAAUGCUUCCAAUAAAUUUAUCCAUGUGCACGCCCAACGUCUUGUAAAAUAUGGCCCUGAACUCCUUUAUAUGGCAGCAACAAUCAUAAGCCCGCCUGCAGCCUUCAAUAACCAAAAAAAUAUGAGAGGCACCAAAAUAUGCCCCUUAUGUUUCGAGCCUCAUCGCAUCAGUCGCGAUAUCGGCUACUUUAUCUUCGUAUCCUCCACGAUCAGCCACGCCCAUGCAUGGCCCAUGGCCCCCUGUGCCGACAACAGCCAGGAGACGUUGCUGAUUGGGGCUGUUGAACCGAGUACGCUCCCAACUAAUCAACUCGCACCCUCCUUGAUCGGGGGCGAACAGCAGGAAUUGGAGCCAGAGGUCACAUAG